UAAGGGCUAAAAGUACCCAUUUCCUGUCUUAAAAUGCUUACUAUCCCGCAUUCAAAUUUCCCCUAAUUUCGAUCUCUCCGCCAAUUCCAAACCCGAUCCUCGUUUUCAAACGUUAUCUUUAUCUCUCUGCUGAAUUCCCACAUGAACCAUUUUAUUAUUCCAUUCUAAUUAUUAAAUUUAACAACCCUAGUUAUUUUAUGUUACUGUCCAUCUGAUUUUCUAAUCUCCGGCCGGCUGCUGGGACAUGGCCACCUCCGCCUUCAAGUCCACCACGAAGAGAACACCCAUUGCGACCUCCCAAACCUCCACCACCGAUGACUCCUCUUCAUCUGCCAGUCGUAAUUCCGCAACUCACCGUCGUUCCAGAAGUCUCAGUAGAUUCUCGAAGCGACUCUCGGGGCAGGAAUUCUUUCCCGAUGAAGCUCCCAAAGGAAGGUUUGUAAAUACUGUCAGAGGAUCGGGCUUCCCUGAGAUUAGCCUUGACGACCUGGCUGUCGAGUUUUUUGACUCAUCAGGUGAUAGAGGAAGGUUAUCUGUUAGGAAAGAUGAACCUAAUGACAGUAGAGCUGGUGGUGGAGGGACUGUGAGACGAGGGAGGUCGGUGUCGAGACAGGGAGCGAAGGGUUUUAGCGGUAAUUUUUCAGCUGGAGGAAAGGUAGUUCCAGAAAGUAAUAAUAAUCCGAGGAGGAGAAGGUCGGUGUCUGUGGUUCGUUAUCAGAUUAGCGAUUCUGAGAGUGAUCUAGACCAUUCUCAGAGUACAAGCAACAGUGCUAGCUUGAAGAGUAACACCAGUGGAAACAAUCAGGUGCCUUCAUUGCAUAGGUCCAGUGCUUCAAAGCAUAGGCCCAUGCUUAGAAGAUCCGUUAGCCAAAGAGAUUUAAAGUACCAUGAUGACUAUUCUAGUCAGUCUUCAGCUCUAACUGAUGAUGAAGGGAGGGAUGCUCCUUGCAUUAAAAAUGGAAUCGAGAAUAUAAUCCGAGUAGUUUAUGCGCAAAAUAAGAGUGAUCUAGACCAUUCUCAGAGUUCAAGCAACAGUGCUAGUAUGAAGAGUAACACCAGUGGAAACAGUCUGGUGCCCUCAUUGCAUAGGUCCGGUGCUUCAAAUCAUAGGCCCAUGCUUAGAAGAUCUGUUAGCCGAAGAGAUUUAAAGGACCAUGGCAGCUAUUCUAAUCAGUCUUCAACCCUGACUGAUGAUGAAGGGAGGGAUGCUCCUUGCAGUGAAAAAGGAAUCGAGAAGAUAAUACGAGCAGUUUAUGCACAAAAUAAGGUGGAGCAUCCAACUGGGAAUGAUUUGAAUGGUGGGUUGUAUGAUGCAAUGAGGAAAGAAUUUAGACAUGUCGUGGAAGAGAUGAGGAUGGAAAUUGAACAAGCAGCAGUGAAAACAAAAUCCUCCACUUUACCAAAUAAUAAUGGUUUGCCAUCCAAAGAUUUUGAUGCUCUUCAUUCUGCUUCUACAGUCAGAAAGAAUUAUGCAGCACAAUUAGAACAGUCAGCAAAGCGUAAACAAGAUCUAUUAGCUGAAAUUUUGCUGGAGGAGCACCAUAGUAGGGAGCUUUCUAAAAUUGUCCACGGAUUGCUUCCUGAAGAAUCAAAGAAUUCUGUUGUUGAAAAGCAAGCACGGGCCAGAAAGAGCAAUGACAGAAAUAGGAUGUCUAAGCGAUUGACUGAGGAAGCAGAGAAAUAUAUUGAGGACUUCAUUUCAAGCAUUGAAGAUACAGAUAUUUCUUCAAUAGAUGGAGAAAGGAGUGACACCAGUUCAAUUCUUGGAGGAGUAACAAAGACAGAAACUUUUCAGAGUCCAGCAAUAUCAAAGCCUCCUACUGUUCAGAUGGAUGGGGUUGCACUGCCUUGGUUGCAGUGGGAAACUACUGUUGAUGCUUCCGCUCAAUCUAGCAAGACCAAGACACAACCAUAUUCAACGUCAAAAACUAAAUUUUGGGAUUCGUCUCAGAAACCAAAAAUUGCACAAGACUUAAGCUAUCAUUCCGCCAGCAGCCGGGGGAGUUGGAGCCCCGAAAUUAUUGAUGGCCAUUCAAUGAAGUUUGGAGAAGAUAUAGGGAAUCAAAGCCAAAAAACUAGGUCUUGCUUCGACAUGGACAAGUAUCUCAAAUUUCAAAAAGAUGAAGAUCUUCUCCUUGAAAUGCUGAGGCAACAACAGAGAAUUAAUUCCGGCGGUAUGCUACUUUGUAAUCAAAUGUUCAUCUAGAAACCAUAUAUUUAUUCAAAUUUGGUUCCCCAAUAGACAAACUACUGUAUAUCUCUGUUUAGAUAUUUAGAUCUUACUGUCUCUCAAGUUCAAGUA